AUUGCACAAUUGGACCAUGCAUGCGCAGGGAGCGCGGAACUCCUGUAGUGAGUGAGAACUGGAUAGUCGAUAGCAUUCAGAAGAAGGAAGCCCAACCAUUGGCUGCUUAUGAUAUUGUAUCCGAUGUUGUUACGGAGGGCAGAGGACUGCCGCUGGACAAGCUUGAUCCAAGCGAGGAGGCCAUCGAGACUUUGGCGGCAGAGCUGAAACUUGCUGGCAAAAGAUCGGUGCACAAGGACUCUAAACUGGGCAAAGACGGCGGGUGUAUCUUUGAGAAGGAUGGCAUCAUCUACAAUUGUGCCUGUUCAAUUUGCGACUUAGGAUCCGAGACUAACCAGCUCUGCAUUAUGCAGCUGAUUGUGCUACCUGAAGAACACCUGCACCUUUUCUACAAGAAGGGUCCAAUUGGCCAUGAUCAGAUGGCAGAGGAACGAGUCGAGGAUUUUGGUAACCGUGUCAACGAUGCUAUCAAGGAAUUUGCCCGUCUAUUCAAGGAGGUUACUGGAAAUGAUUUCGAGCCAUGGGAUAGAGAAAAGAAGUUUGAGAAGAAGAGUGAAGAUGUACCCCUUGGACAUGGUACAUCUUUGAGUUUCUUUCUUUUCUGA